GCUCGCGGCGGGGCAGGCAGAGCUGGGAGCAGCCCCCCUGUUAAGUAGCAGAUUGUGUGGAGAGUCUUCCCACUUGGAAAGAGGCUCGCCGACGCGUCUGGGAACCAAAAACCCGCUGAGCUCUCUGACUUCAACACCGGACCACCUCACUCUCCCUUUUCUCAGGUUGGGGGUCUACAACAGAGACUUAAACCUUUUUUUUAUUUUUUAAAUUUCUUGAACCAAACCAAAGAAAUUCGACAAUCCCCUUUUAUAGCUUCGUUCAUGUGCUGCUGAGCCAGAGGAGAUGAAGAUGAAGAGCAGGCUGUCUCUGGUGGCGGCUGCCCUCCUGGCACUGCUGCUGUCCUCCUCUCAGGCCCAGGACCAAGUCGACCCGCCGUCAGAUUUGAGGUUUAAGAUUUUAAAUGAGAACACAGUGCAAAUGAUCUGGAGCAGACCACAGUCCAGGAUACAGGGCUACAGAAUACAAGUGACGUCAGACACAGAAGAACCAACAAAAGAAUUUACUCUGCCUGCAUCUGCGACUAAGACCUCCAUCUCAGACCUGAGUCCAGAUGUGGAUUAUGUCGUAACGAUAUCUGCGUAUGCUGGAUCAGAAGAGAGUCUACCCAUCUCCGGCCGGAUCACACUUGAAUCAAGUGGUGGCACAAGAGGAACAUCCAGGAAACCAGAACCUUCAGAUUCAGUCAAGUGCUCUUACAGUGCAGUUGCCGAUGUGGUGUUCUUGGUGGACGGCUCCUCGAGCGUGAGCAGGCCGAACUUCAAAAACAUCCGCAACUUCAUCUCAGCGGUGGCUGGCGCCUUUCAGAUUGGAGAGGACAAAACCCGAGUGGGCGUGGUCCAGUACAGCAGUGACCCCCGAACAGAGUUCAACCUCAAAAAACACUUAACCCAACAGGCGCUGCUCCGGGCCAUUGGCUCACUGCAAGUCAAGGGAGGAGACACUAUGACAGGCGAUGCCCUUGACUACCUCCUAAAAAACACUUUCACUGAGGCGGCUGGUGCCAGGGAGGGUUUUCCCAAAGUGCUGGUGAUCAUCACAGAUGGCAAAUCUGAGGAUCCAGUGGAGAGUUACGCCAGGCAGCUCAGGAGCAGGGGGGUGGAGAUCUUUGUCCUUGGUACCCAACAGGCUGAUAUGGAGGAGAUGAAGCUGAUGGCCUCCACCCCUUACAGAAGUCACAUCUUCAAUGUUGCCAACUUUAACUUAAUGAAGAGUGUGCAGAAAGAGCUCAUUACUCAGGUGUGCGCUGGUGUUGAUGAUCAACUCCACUCACUCGUCAGUGGAGAAGAAGUUGUUGAGCCAGCAUCCAACCUCCAAGUCCUGGAGGUGGCCUCAAAGUCCAUGCGGUUGACCUGGGACGCCUCUAUUGGUGAGUCUUCUGGAUACAAGGUGCAGAUGAUCCCCAUGAUGGCCGGCAGCAAGCGGCAGGAGCUGUACGUGGGCCCCACCCAGACCUCGGUGGUGGUCAGAGAACUUUCUCCAGACACAGAGUACCAGAUAAGUCUGUUCGCCCUGAAGGGCCUGAUGCCCAGCGAGCCCAUCACGGUCAUGCAGAAGACACAGCCAGUCAAAGUAUCAGUGGAGUGUUCUCUUGGCGUGGAUGUUCAAGCUGAUGUUGUCCUCUUGGUUGAUGGUUCCUACAGCAUUGGCCUGGCUAACUUUGCUAAAGUAAGAGCUUUCCUAGAGGUGCUGGUGACCACUUUUGACAUUGGGCCAGAUAAGGUCCAGAUCAGCUUGGUCCAGUACAGCAGGGAUCCCCACACUGAGUUCUACCUGAACACUCACCAUGACCUGGGCGCUGUCGUCAAGGCUGUUCGGACUUUCCCAUACCGUGGCGGCUCCACCAACACCGGCAGGGCCAUGACCUACGUGAGAGAGAAGAUUUUCCAGUCCAGUAGAGGGGCACGCCCCAAUGUUCCCCGUGUCAACAUCCUCAUCACUGACGGGAAGUCAUCUGAUGCCUUCCAAGAUCCAGCCACCAAGCUGAGAAAUGCUGACGUUGAGAUCUUCGCAGUGGGUGUUAAGGAUGCUGUACGUAGUGAGCUUGAGGCCAUCGCCAAUUCACCUGCAGAGACCCAUGUGUACACCGUAGAGGACUUUGAUGCCUUCCAGAGAAUUUCUAAAGAACUCACGCAGUCCAUCUGUCUGAGGAUUGAGCAAGAACUUCGCAACAUCCAGAAGAGACGAUUGGCCCAACCCAGGGACCUGUCCUUCUCAGAGGUUGGCCCAAGAAGCUUCAGGGCUGCCUGGGAGAAUGAUGCCACCAACGUUGAGUCCUACUUGGUUCAGUUCAAGCCGGCAGAUGAUGACGACAUGCACUAUGUGUCCAUGUCUGUGCCAGGGGACACACUCACUACCCUGCUCCCCCACCUCACCCCACUCACUCGCUAUGAAGUCAAUGUUUAUGCUCAGUAUGAUAAAGGCGACAGCUUGCCUGUAACCGGUUUCGAGACCACUUUGGAAGAACUAGGCUCCGUGCAGAAUCUAAGAGUAUCCGAGGAGACCACAGACAGCUUCAGAGUAUCAUGGCAGCCAGCUCCAGGAGACAUCACUCGCUACCGGCUGACAUAUGAACCUGCAGGGGACGAGCGCUCGAGGCUACAGACGACCACUGUUGGCCCUGAGACAACAAUUGUGCUGCAGGAGCUUCAUCCUAAAACCACCUACCGCGUUACUGUGACUCCUCAGUAUCCCUCUGGCCCCGGAGUGCCAAAGCAGACUGAUGGCACCACCAAAGAAGCCAGGGGUUCCCCCCGGGACCUGAGGGUAUUUGACGAGACCUUGUCCUCCAUGAAGGUCUCCUGGGAGCCCGCACCAGGGAACGUGCUCCAGUACCGUGUGGCGUACAAACCCUCCGCCGGUGGCCCCAAGAAGGAAGUGUCAGUUAAGGGUGUCAACAGGGAAACCCUCCUAAAGAACCUGCAGCCAGGCACCCAAUAUGAUAUCUCUGUCAGUGCACGAUAUCGGUCUGGCCUGGGCGACCCCCUGGAGGGACGAGGCACCACACGAGAAGAGGUGGGACCACCUAAAAACCUGGUCACCAGUGAUGUCACCGACACCAGCUUUGCAGCGUCCUGGACGGCGGCACCUGGAAAUGUAAACAUGUACCGGGUUCGAUGGAAGUCGCUGUUUACGGGGCAGGCUGGAGAUAAAAUAGUGCCGGGAGACGUGACCAACACUGUGCUGGAUGGUCUGACUCCAGAAACACUCUACCAAGUUUCUGUGAUUGCUGCCUACAGUCAAAAAGACAGUGACCCACUUACUGGACAGGAAACCACUGACGCCUCUGCUGCUGGUAAAAAGUUGACCGUGUCGGACGAGACCGAGCAAACCAUGAAAGUCACAUGGAUGCCUGCACCGGGCAAGGUAGCCAACUACAGGCUAAAGUACGUUCCCAGUGGUGGAGGGAAAGAAGUGGCCCUCAAGAUCCCUGGCACAUCCACCUCCACCAUCAUGAAGCGCUUGCAGCCACAGACCACUUACAACAUCACUGUUCACCCCAUCUACAAGCGCGGGGAAGGAAAAGCAAGGCAAGGAGUAGGAACGACACUGUCGCCCUACAAGUCUCCCAGGAACCUCCAGACCUCAGAGCCUACCAAGACCAGUUUCAGAGUCACCUGGGAUCCAGCUCCCGGAGACGUUAAGGGCUACAAAGUGACCUUUCACCCCGAUGGGAAUGAUAUUGACCUGGGGGAACUCCUGGUUGGUCCUUAUGAUAACACAGUCGUUCUAGAGGAACUUAGGGCAGGAACAAAGUACUCUGUUGCCGUGUUUGGGAUGUUUGACGGAGGUGAGAGUUUGCCUCUUGCAGGAGAGGAAGAGACGACCCUCAUGGACGCUCCAGAUCCACCUACUGUUGAUCCCUCUGACACUCAGUGUAAGACCGCAGCAAAGGCCGACAUCGUGCUGCUGGUUGACGGCUCCUGGAGCAUUGGCCGCAUCAACUUCAAAACCAUCCGCAGCUUUAUCGCUCGCAUGGUUAGCGUGUUCGAAAUCAGCCCUGAGAGAGUCCAGAUUGGUCUGGCUCAGUACAGUGGAGACCCAAAGACUGAGUGGCACUUGAAUGCCCACCCGACCAAGGCGUCCCUGCUGGAUGCCAUUGCCAACCUGCCGUACAAAGGAGGCAACACUAUGACAGGAAUGGCUCUGAACUACAUCCUUCAGAACAACUUCAGACCCAACGUUGGGUUGCGUCCCGACUCUCGUAAAAUUGGUGUCCUUAUCACUGACGGAAAGUCGCAGGACGAUAUCGUCUUCAACUCGCAGAAUCUGAGAGACAGCGGCAUCGAGCUCUAUGCAAUCGGUGUGAAGAACGCUGACGAGAACGAGUUGAGGACCAUUGCCUCUGACCCUGACGAAAUUCACAUGUACAACGUCAACGACUUCAAGUUCCUGGUGGACAUCGUUGAUGACCUCACUGUCAACCUGUGUAACAGUGUCAAGGGCCCAGGAGUUGAACUGGAGGCGCCCACCAACCUGGUGACCUCAGAGGUGACCCACCGCUCCUUCCGUGCCACCUGGACAGCACCCGGUAGCCCUGUUGACAAGUAUCGCGUCUCUUACAUGAUGGCGGCUGGAGGACCCACUCAGGAGCUGCUGGUUGAUGGGACGAUGAACACAGUCGUGCUGGAAGGCUUGACCCCCCUGACCGAGUAUGUUGUCAAUGUCUACUCUGUGGUCGGCGAGGAGAGCAGUGAGCCACUGAAGGGCACUGAGACCACCUUGCCGCUGUCAGUAGCGACAAACAUGAUUGUUUACGACGAGACCUCGAGCACCAUGAAGGUGAGCUGGGACGAGGCAGAUGGUGCCACAGGCUACAUGCUGCUGUACAAAUCCAUCAACGCCACUGAGCCUCAGCUGGAGAAGGAGGUACGUGUUGGAGGAGAUGUAACUAACGUCCAGCUGGUGCAGCUGAUACCCGACACAGCGUACACCAUCACGCUUUAUGCCCUGCAUGGAGAGGCUGCCAGCGACCCUCUGGAGGGGAGAGGAGUCACCUUGCCCGUGCCUCCUGCUGGAGCCCUUACAAUCUCUGAUGUUACUCACAGCACCAUGAGGCUCAACUGGGACGCUGCUCCUGGAGCUGUCCUCAAGUACAUGAUAACCUACAAACCAGAGGAGGGAGAACUGAAGGAGGCUGAAGUCAACGGUGACAUCACCACCUUGGACCUGUCCAACCUCAUCUCCCAGACUGAGUACGAUGUAGCUGUCACCCCAAUGUAUGACGAGGGACCUGGACUCCCAAUGCUCGGAAACGCCAUCACAGAUGUUGUUCCUGCCCCCAAGAACCUGCAGUUCUCUGAGGUGACCCAGACCUCCUUCAGAGCAACCUGGGAGCAUGGGGCCCCGGACGUGGCCCUCUACCGCAUCGGCUGGACCAAGAGGGGGGAGGACAACCCCCAGUUUGCCAUCUUGAGUAGCGAUGAGACCUCCCAUGUUCUGCCAAACUUGGACCCAGACACUGAAUACUCUGUCACCGUCACGGCCAUCUACCCUGAUGAGUCGGAGAGUGAGGACCUAAUGGGCAGCGAGCGUACAUUGUUAAAGGCUCCGGAUGUGCCUGCUGAGCCUCCUCGAAACUUGAGGGUUUUCAACGCCACCACCUCAUCGCUGUCAUUGAAGUGGGACCCUGCCCCUGGUCCUGUCCAAAACUACAAGAUCAUUUACACGCCCAUUGCUGGAGGCGAGCCUCUUACAACGCAGGUUGGAGGGAAGAAGACCGGUGUCAUCCUGCAGAAACUGGAGCCCGACACUCAGUACUCCAUCAGCGUGGCUGCUGUGUACCCCACUGGCGUCAGCAGAGACGUCAGCGGCGAAGGACAAACCAAGCCUCUGGGUGGAGUGAGGAACCUGCAGGUGUUGAACCCCACCAUGACCACCCUGAACGUGCGCUGGGAGCCCGCUGAGGGCCGAGUAAAGGAGUACAAAGUCAUUUAUGCUCCUGCUGCCGGAGGAGCUGAGAGCAUGGAAACAGUGUCUGCAGGCACAACCAACACUAUGCUACGAGGCCUGCAGCCUGACACCCUCUACACCGUCUCUCUGGUGCCAGUUUAUGCUGCAGGAGAUGGAAAGAUGAUGUCUGAGAAUGGAAAGACAAGACCACUGGGAGGAGUGAAGAACCUGAGGGUAACAGACCCCACUAUGACCUCUCUGACUGUGAACUGGGACCCAGCUGACGGAGCUGUUCGCCUGUACAAAGUCUUCUUUGUGCCAGUUGCCGGUGGCCUAGAGGAAAUGGAACAAGUUCCUGCAGGCACCACCAACAUCAUCCUUAGGAACUUGAUGCCAGACACACCAUACACAGUGUCAGUGUUACCAGUUUACCCAGCCAGGGAGGGAAAACGCCAGUCAGAGGAAGGAACGACAUUGCCUUUGGGUGGAGUGGGCACCAUGAGGGUGACCAACCCAACCUUCAGCACUCUCACUGUAAACUGGAAUCCUGCUGAUGGCAACGUUCAGGGCUACAAAGUUAUCUAUGUUCCUGUAGAUGGAGGACAGGAGAUUGUGGAGCAAGUGUCAGAGAGCACCACCAAAACUGUCCUGGAGAAGCUUCUACCAGACACUCGCUACACCGUCACUGUGGUCCCUGUCUACGCAGAGGGAGAUGGACCCAGCCUGACUGACAACGGGAAGACAAAGCCACUGGGUUUUGUGAGGAACCUGCAGGUUACCGAUCCCACCACCAGCACCCUGAACGUCCGCUGGGAGCCCCCUGAGGGAAACGUACGGGAGUACAUCGUGACCUGGGUGCCCGCUGCUGGAGGCGAGCAGGACAUGGACCAGGUGUCUGGAACGGCCACCUCCACCGUCCUGAAGAACCUGGAGCCCAACACUGAGUACACGGUCAGCGUCACACCUAUCUACCCCGAGAUGGAGGGCAGAGCGCAGUCUGAAAAUGGGAAGACAAAUCCUUUGGGUGGAGUGAAGAACUUGCAGGUGAUCGACCCAACUUUCAGCACUCUGACAGUCCGCUGGGAUCCAGCAGUGGGCAAUGUCCGCAGCUACAAGGUCUUCUACACAGCUCAACCAGAUGGAGAAGAACGAAUGGAGGAGGUGUCAGGAGGCACCACCACCACCAUCCUGAGAAACCUGGAUACCGACACUGUCUACAAUGUGGCUGUUGUUCCUGUCUACCCAGACGUGGAGGGCAUACGGCAGGCCGAGAAGGGAAAGACAAAGCCUCUUGGUGGAGUGAGGAAUUUGCAGGUCACCGACCCCACCACCAACUCCCUCAGGGUUCGCUGGGAGCCGGCCGAGGGCGACGUCAGGCAGUACCAAAUCAUCUACGUCCCCAGUGGCGGAGGAACUGAAAACAUGACUCCUGUAUCUGGAAUGUCGACAAACGCGGUGCUGAGAGACCUGCGGCCGGACACAGAGUACAAAGUGACACUGGUGCCUAUUUACUCUGAUGCGGAGGGGAAACGCAUGUCAGAGAAUGGAAAGACAAAGGCUCUGGGAGGUGUAAAGAAUCUGCAGGUUACUGAUCCCACCACUAGCUCCCUCAAGGUGCGCUGGGAGCCGGCGGAGGGCAACGUCCGCCAGUAUCGCAUCUUCUAUGUUCCUGCAGCUGGAGGCGCCGAGGACAUGGAGCAGGUGUCAGGCGGCACCACCAACACCGUACUGAGGAAUCUGCUGUCAGAUACUCCUUACACUGUGACUGUGGUUCCAGUUUACCCAGAGGGAGAAGGUCUGCGCCAGUCCGACAAGGGAAAGACACUCCCACGCAUGCCACCCAGGAACAUCCAGGUGUACAACCCUACCCCUAACAGCCUGAACGUGCGCUGGGAGCCCGCCUCAGGCCAGGUUCAGCAGUACCGUGUGGUGUAUUCUUCCUUGAGUGCACCCAGAUCCACUGGGUCGGUCCUCAUUCCAGGAAAUACCAACAAUGCCUUCCUGGACAACCUGAUUCCAGAUACUCCCUACUCGGUCAGUGUUUCAGCUCUGUACGCUGACGGAGAAGGAUCACAGGUCAAGGGCAAAGGCAAAACACUGCCGCGUGGCGGUCCCAGGAACAUGCGUGUGUUUGAUGCCACCACUAGCACUCUCACCAUUGGCUGGGACCACGCAGAGGGUCCUGUGAGGCAGUACAGGAUUGCUUACGCUCCCAUGACUGGAGACCCCAUCACAGAGUUUACUGUGGUGCCAGGGAACAGAAACAAUGCCAUGCUGCAGAAUCUGCUUCCUGACACCCCGUACAACAUCACAAUAGAGGCCAUCUACCCUGAGGGUCCCGGAGGAUCUCUAAAUGGAAACGGACGUACAGUCGGCAUGUUGAGUCCCAGAAACCUUCGAGUCUCAGAUGAGUGGUACACCAGAUUCAGAGUGGCCUGGGAUCCAGUGUCAGCUCCUGUCCAGGGCUACAGACUCAUCUAUGCUCCUGCAGGCACAAACCAGCCCAUGGAUUUCUUUGUGGGCGAUGUGACUUCGUACACGCUGCACAACCUGCAGCCUGGAACCACCUAUGAUCUUAAAGUAGUAGCUCAGUACACCGGUGGCAUGAGUGGACCACUACCUGGGCAGGGAACAACACUCUACCUGAAUGUGACCAACAUUGAGACCUACAAUGUCGACCAUGACAAGUUCUGCAUCAAAUGGACUCCUCACAGGGCUGCCACAUCGUACCGCAUCAAACUCAACCCUGCCGACCCCUCUAGUAAAGGACAACAUGAGAUAACCAUCCCUGCUGGUCUGCCUCAGUACUGCUUUGAUGGACUUUCUCCUGAUGCACUCUACACCGCCACUGUCUUCGUUCAGACCCCCAAUCUGGAAGGUCCAGGAGUCAGCGCCAAAGAAAGAACAUUGGUGAAGCCAACUCCAAUUCCAACGCUCCCACCAACCCCGUCCCCUCCACCCACAAUCCCCCCAGCAUGGGCAGUUUGCGCAGGUGCCAAAGCAGAUGUGGUGUUCCUCAUCGAUGGCUCCUGGAGUAUCGGCGAGGACAGCUUCACCAAGGUUGUGCACUUUGUCUCCGGCAUGAUUGCUGCCUUCGAUGUCAUUGGACCCUCGGGAAUGCAGGUGUCAUUUGUACAGUACAGCGAUGACGCAAAGACAGAGUACAGGCUGAACGCUUAUCAGGACAAAGGUAUCGCUAUGUCUGCAACUAACCAAAUCCGCUACAGAGGAGGAAACACCAAGACAGGAGUGGCGCUGAAACACACCUAUGACAAGGCCUUUUCUAUUGAAAAUGGAAUGAGGAGAAAUGUCCCCAAGGUGGUCGUGACGAUCACUGAUGGACGCUCUCAGGAUGAGGUGAAGAAGAAUGCUGCCAAGCUGCAGCAUGCAGGUUACAGUGUUUUUGCCAUUGGUGUUGCCGAUGUGGAUUUCAUUGAGUUGCAGUCCAUCGGCAGCAAACCCAGCGACAGACACAUUUUUAUUGUGGACGACUUUGAUGCUUUCGACACUAUCAAAGAAAACCUCAUCACCUUCAUUUGUGAAACUGCAACAUCGUCGUGUCCCCUGAUUUUCCUGAAUGGAUUUACUUCACCUGGCUUCAGGAUGCUCGAGGCCUUCAACCUGACAGAGAAGACCUACAGUUACAUGAAAGGCGUCUCCAUGGAGCCAGGCUCUUUCAAUAGUUACACAGCAUACAGACUCCACAAAAAUGCCUUCUUGAGUCAGCCCACAACAGAAAUCCACCCUGAUGGUCUUCCCCACGCCUACACCAUCAUCCUGAUGUUCCGCCUUCUGCCUGACUCACCCAAAGAAGCCUUUGACAUCUGGCAGGUGUCAAGCAAAGAUCACAAGCCAGAGACCGGCAUCACUAUCGACUCCUCCAGCCAGACUGUGUCCUUCUACAAUAAAGACACGCGCGGCGAGAUCCAGAGAGCCACAUUCGACAACGAUCAUGUGAAGCAAAUCUUCCAUGGAAGCUUCCACAAGCUCCAUAUCCUGGUUUCGUCCACCGGCGUCAAACUCAACAUCGACUGCCAAGAAGUGGCUGAAAAGGAGAUCAAGGAGGCUGGAAACACAUCCAGCGAUGGCUACCAGGUCCUGGGCAAGAUGUCCAAGUCCAUCGGCUCUAAAGGGGAAUCAGCAACUUUCCAGCUCCAGAUGUUCGAUAUUGUCUGCAGCCUGGGCUGGACCAGCAGGGACAGAUGUUGUGACCUUCCAUCAAUGAGAGAUGAGCUGAAGUGUCCGUCUCUUCCUAACUCCUGCAGCUGUACCUCAGCGGGCACCGGGGAGCCAGGGAUUCAAGGACCAGUGGGUGCCCCUGGCAGCAAAGGUCCCCGAGGUGAAAGAGGAGAAGCUGGUCCUGCUGGACCAGUCGGUCCGCGUGGAGAGGACGGACCACCUGGGCCCAUGGGUCUGCCCGGCCCUCAAGGACCCAGCGGGCUGUCGAUUCCAGGAGAAGCUGGCCGCCCUGGACCAAAGGGAGAUCCCGGUGACUCAGGCUUACCUGGGCAGAAAGGUUCACCUGGUCCUGCCGGAGCUGUUGGCCCAAUCGGACCAGCUGGAGUCAGAGGCCCUCAAGGAAAAGAAGGACCGGCAGGACCGAGAGGCCCCGCAGGGCCCAUGGGACCUCCAGGAUCUCCUGGAUCACCAGGUGCUGCAGGAAAACCAGGAAACCCUGGAGGCACUGGCACUCCUGGUGCUAUCGGUCCAAAGGGAGACAAAGGAGAGAGAGGCGACUUUGCUCCUCAGAACAUGAUGCGAUCCAUUGCCAGACAAGUUUGCGAGCAGCUAGUAAGCUCACAAAUGUCUCGUGUCAACACGUUACUGAACCAAAUCCCUAAUGGCAUGUACCGAAGCAAUAACCCCGGACCUCCAGGGCCUCCUGGACCCAACGGCAGGCAGGGACCCCGUGGAGAGCCAGGCUCUGCAGGAAGGAACGGUUUCCCUGGGAGUCCAGGUUUACCCGGCCAGCAGGGAGAGAGAGGUCCUCCUGGAGAGAAAGGGGAACGAGGAGUGCCAGGAGUUGGACAGAAGGGACCAAGAGGACCUGCUGGCCCACCAGGAGAAAGCAGGACAGGAUCUCCAGGCCCUACAGGCUCUGCCGGGCCUCGCGGUCCCCCUGGACGUCAAGGAUACGCUGGAGUCCGUGGGCCUCCUGGACCUCCUGGGAUCUGUGACUCUUCUAUGUGUGUUGGUAUUCCUUACAACGGGCAGGGAUACGGUUCUUAGACUUUCUAUGCCACCUGUGCUGCUUUCACUGACUUCCUGAAAAACAAAACUCAAAGUCCCGUAACUGAAACACUUGCUCACACGCUCUAGAGCUGUUUAAAAGGAUAACCGCCGAAGGAAACCAUUAACAAACUUUGCUGAAAAAACAACACAGCAACAAAGAGGGAAACUAACAACGACUCACAGCCAGUAGAACAAAACACCACCAGCAGCAGCGGUGAUGGCAUCGACCUGUUUAGUGGCCUGUUUGCAUCUUGACGCCAAAGACCAAACAAAGAAACGUUGUGUUCAGUGGAGGAGCAUGCACCAAACAACAACAACAAACAACCCAAACAAAUACUAACAAAGGUGGAGACCUGUGCAGCAUCACCAGCACCAACAGCAGCAGCAACUCUGUUAACAGCAUUUCUUUCGAGGUGACAUGUAAAUAAACUAAUUUGUGCCUUGUAAAUGAUGUUUGAAUCAAGUCCACUAAAUUUAGUUUUAACAUCUGUAGUGUUAAAGCUUGUGCAUUGCAAAUCAACAACCUGCCUCUUGCUGAAUGCCGACAAAAAAAGCCUCUUUUUUUCCCACAAUUUUAUUUUUUUCCUGCCCAUGUGUUUGUAGCUUUUUAAACUGCUCAGGGCCAAACUGAAUCACUUCUGCACAUGUGACCCCUGAGGUUAAGAUUUGCCACUUCAUGUUUACUUUUUUUUUCUCUAUUUUUUUUUUUUUAUUUUGUUUAGUUUACCUUUUUUCCACCCAAACCAGCUAUACUGUAUGUGUAUGUUAUAAAAUACUAACACUCCCAAAGAAGUUCCUCCAGGCUGGUGGAAGAAGAACUUGAUUUUAUGUAGAAACUGUUUUGUUUUAUUUAGUACAUUAGUGAGUUUUGGAAGAAUUACAGUGUUUAUUUUUUGAGUGACUAACACCUGAACUUCUAACAUCAAUACACAGGGAAAACAUGAAAGCACUAACAUGUUUAGCAGGGGCGUGUCGACCUGACCUCCUCCCCCUAAAUCACGCAGUUGACUGGUUUAUUAGCUGAUAUGCAUUUAGUAGUAUGUUGGCCAAAGAUGAAAUGCACUCCUUAAACAGUAUACUGAUAUAUUGUGAAGUCUUAUGCUGACUUGUACUGUAUGACUGUACUGUAUAACGUGUAGGUUUUCAUAAUAACCUGCAGUCUGUUGCACCAAUAUCUGCUGCAAUGUUUUUAGCCAGAUUUACACAAAAAGUAGUUAGAGAAGUUCUUAAUCUCUCAAAGCGACAUUUAACAACAAGACAGAACAGUGACAGGAAGUAGAGAUGUACAACAGACUCUUAAACUAAAUAUCAACUGACAACAAAUCCCAUCUGAGGCAAAUAAACUGAUGUGUUAUUUGAAUGAUCAUUUUAUUUUCUUAUUAUUCAUUGAUCUUUUGGUCUGUAAAAUGUAGGGCUGCAACUAGCAGCUAUUUUGAUAAUUGAUUAAUCUGUCGAUUAUUAGUUUGUCUUUUUGUACAAUGCCCUUUUCACAACUUCAACAUAAUAAAGAGCAAAUGUAUGCUACAUCAAGAGGAAGUAGACACAAGGCCACUGCAAUAAAAUAAAUGAAAUUAAAUAAGUGGACAUUGGGGAUGCAGCCAUGCACUGAGAAUAAAAGGUUAAUGUAACUUUUGAUCAGAUAUUGCUUGUUUAUACUGUGAAGAAAUAGGCUAAUUAUUAACUCUGACUCUUACAGCAUUAAAUUUUCCAGAAGCACCAAAUCAUAACACUGUCCUAACUGAAUGCGAUACAAGUGAAUGUUGGUGACAAAAUCAGUUUGGCUGCAUUAAUUUCUGUUGGAACGUCCAAACUGGCAACCAGUGACACAGUGCUAUGCAGCACACUGUUUGUAUGUCAACUUUAUUGAUUUUUAUCUAUUUAUACCUGUUGCUCACUUUGAAGGCACUGCAAUAGACGAAGAACAGUUAAUCCUGGGAAGCUGGAAUGAAGAGAUAUCUACAUCCAAAUUUCACUAAAAAAAAAAUCUAAAUAAGGUUGCAGCUGGCUGGAGAGAGAUUGCCCCAAGUAUGUGGUUUGUUUACAUGAACACAGCUAGUACGUACCUGGUUUGUUUACAUGAAAUAACUUUUUUUUUUUUUUUAAAUUAAUCUUAUCGAUUAGUUGUUGCAAUCGUAAUAAAAUGUAUGACUGAAAAAGAACAGUCACAAAUUGACAAUUGAGAAAAAGAAGCCGGACGAUGUUUGGCAUGUUUGCAUUAAAAUUACUUAAACCAGUAACUAAUUAAAUUAGUUACUAAAAAGAUUGUUGCUGAUAAAUUAUCUUUUGAUUGACUAGUUUGAACUAAAACAGCUGGUGCAACAGCAUGCUGGUUAAUUUUAGAAAUGGCUUAAGAUACACAAACAAAUUGAACCUCCUGGUUCCUCCGCUAAUUUUGAAAAAGUGAACUAAGCUGAGCUGAUGUUGUUAGCUUUGCUUGUUAGUUAAUAUUGGUUGCUUCUUCCUGUUUAAGCAGAUAAUCAUAAACAAGCGAGAGAUAAAUGCAAACAAAUGGUACUGUAACACCUGCUGUAUGACAUGAGACACUCCCCAAACAUCCCUGAAUAUACAGUGGACACGCCCCUGCUGUUUACUAACCAUCUGUAUCAGUGCUUUGUGGAGACAGUUAGAAAACCAUUUUUAACACAUUAUUUUUGUGCAUGUUGAGACAAACUGAGAAACUCAUGCUCUAUUGGCCCAAACGCUAUCUCCGAGCAGGCCAAUUUCCACCUGAACCCGACAGCCGAGUAGUCCCAGAACCCGAGGAGGACGAGCUGUCACUAAACCGGCGUCGAAAGAGAUCACUAUCAAGAAAGGCAUCCAACAGGCUAACACCAUAAGACAAGCCAUGUACUUUUUUUUUUCCUUUAUUUUUUUUUCUUGUUCAACCUGUGUUUGUUGAUUUAUGCACAUUAUACACGCAAAACAAAAAAAAGGGGUUUGACACCUCGACUUUAUUGGAAAAUACCUUUAAAUGCCUUAAAACGUAUGUGAAUAUUCAUUUUUGUGGCAGGUAAAGGGUGUGAUGGAGGGAGGGAGUCUGGGCACGACUUAAAAAAAUGGAAGAAAAAAAGUUUAGAAUCCAUUACAAAAAAAAAACAACCUGUGAGUUUUCUUUUUCCAUUUAUGUCUUUUGCUUGUAACAUAUUUGCAUCCAGUUUAUAUUAACUAGCAGUGUUGAACAGUGCACUCAUUGUAACAAAGCUAAAGAAAAAGACAGAAAGUGUUGGUUCACAGUUCAUCCAGUACGUCAAAUAUAAUCCUCAUUCAUUGUCGUCUUCUAACGGAGGUUCAGUUUCAUUAUGGCAGUUAAACACAGCUUUCAUUUUGUAUCUCUAGACUUAAUAUUUAUCAGUUUUCUUUUAUUCCGUCACAGCUAACUUUAACAAAAGGUGGAAUUGCAUGUCUGUGGUGUAUAUUUAGUACAUGUUUUUGUUACAUUUCAUUUUGUUUUAACCAGAAUAUAGUUGUUGUCAUUCUUGUCAUUUUCUCAGUAUCGAAUGCAGUCAAAACCUGCGUGCAAGACUAUGGAAGUGGUAUUGCUGCUUCAUGUUUGAACUGCAGAUUGUGAAUUCCACAGCCUUAUUUUCUUAUUUAUUUCUGAAAACAGAAGAGGCAUUUUUCAAUAAAACUACUGAAAAUUUA